GUCUUCUGCCAUCCCUCCUCGUCUCUCUUGGCCACAUGAGUUGAAGGAUUCUAAAGCAGUUUCUUUUUUCAUUGUUAUGAAUCUGUCUAUAUUUUACAACUCAAGCUGCCUUAAAGAAGCCAUGGUUCUGAAGUUUACCAUCACUUAUUGGUGACGAUGGACCAGUGUCCAUCAGGGUUGGACCAGUAUUGAAAUGGACAGUGGUGGAAUACAGUAAGUGACGAACAGGACAGCAGAACGAACCAGGAUCCAAGAAAUUAUUUGUUGAGGAGGUCAUAGUCCAUACCUUCACAGUGGCGUAGUACCACCUUCAGUCGUUCUUUCACCCUUGGUGUUUCUACAUAUUUUUUGAAUCGCUCCUUUCUCCUGAAGUUCUUUUCUUUUAGACCUGCACGUCCAGACUCCAACACUCAACCAUCUCUCACAAACGCAGUCCUCCUCCCUUGCCUUCGUCCCAAGACAUUCUGUAACCCCUGUGCACCCUCUUCCCUACAUCACCCUAACUUCACUGCUACCAGACCUCACCAGAUUUCUCCUCCACCUUUUUGGUUAUCAUGGCGGCGGCUGCCACCGCCUCGUCUUCGUCUCCACCAAUGUCCUCGACCUCCAACGGCAGUGCUCGAGAGCACCUGCUGGCGGUGCGCAGGCGCACCCCACAAGCCCGGCCAUACACAGUGGGACCCGACAGCCUCAGUAGCCUGUCAGGGCAUGAUGCAGAUGAAGCGUCUGCCUUGUCUGCGUUGUCCGGAGCCCAGACGGAAUCAGCUGGAGUUGGGCUGCAGCGAGCCAAUAGCGACACAGACCUGGUGAGCUCAGAAAGCCGCUCGUCGCUUACUGCGUCUAUGUACCAGCUGACUUUGGGCCACGGCCACCUUGUCAUCUCAUGGGACAUAAAGGAGGAAGUAGAUGCCACCGACUGGAUUGGCCUGUACCACAUUGAUGAGACAUGUGUAGCCAACGUCUGGGAGUCCAAAAACCGUGGGAUCAAUGGCACCCAGAGAGGACAGAUCCUAUGGAGGCUAGAGCCAGAGCCCUACUUCAUGGAACCUGAGACAAAGAUCUGUUUCAAAUAUUACCAUGGUGUAACUGGAGCUCUGAGAGCCAUGACUCCCUGCAUCACUGUCAAGAACACACAGAUACCGGUGAGAAGUGAAGGCCAGGUGGAGGAGCAGUCCGAGAACGAUCACUGUCGAAAACUCAUCAGCUUCACUCUGUCAGACAUUCGAGCGGUGGGCUUGAAGAAGGGCAUGUUUUUCAACCCUGACCCCUACCUGAAGAUGUCCAUCCAGCCUGGGAAGAGGAGUGGACUCCCUAAGUUCACCCACCAUGGCCAGGAGCGACGCUCCUCCAUCAUCGCCAACACCACCAACCCUGUGUGGCACGGGGAGAAGUACACUUUUGUUGCGCUGAUGACGGACGUGUUGGAGAUCGAAGUGAAGGAUAAGUUUGCCAAGAGUCGGCCAAUCAUCAAGCGAUUCCUGGGUCAGCUGAUCGUCCCUGUGCAGAGACUCCUGGAGGGGUCAGCAGUUGAGCAUCACUUGGUGAGCUUCAGCCUUGGUCGCCGUCUCCCUACAGACAACGUGAGCGGUCAGCUUCAUUUCAGAGUAUACAUCACCUCCACGGGACAUGAAGAGGCAUCUCCAGAUGCUGUGGGAACCAUCCUGGGCAGUGGUGACCCCGGCAGUCCCUCUGAUGAUGAAGAGCUCCCUCAUCCCUCCUCAUCAUCACAUGUCACGUGUGGCCCCUCCCCCACAGGCUCUGAGGAAGGACCCUUUGUUAUGAAUGGCCUCUGUUGCUAUGGAGACGACAGCAUGUGGCGUGAUCCUGGACAGCUGGGAGUGGAGGACCUGCGUCCCGUGGCUCCGAGGGGCCACACCAAUCGUCAGGUGUCCCUCAACGACUACCUGGACGCCCUUGAAGCCCCUGCGUGUCCUGGGGACCGACUUCCGGUGGGGCCUCUGCCCAAACUGCGCUCCAGUUUUCCUACUGACACGCGGCUCAAUGCCAUGCUGCACAUCGACUCGGAUGAGGAGGAGGACCCAGUUGGCCAAGAUCGGGACCAGUCACAGCAGAGCACUGACUCACUGAUCACAUCAGCCGUGCUCGGCGCCGGACAACGUAACCAUGGGGGGCAUAAGGUCCAGGCAGGGUCUGGAGCAGAGGCAGCUUCUUCUACUGGUUCUCAGCCUCGGACUGAGCAGGAACAGGUUGAAAUCGGAGGAGGAACCCAUGAUGGAGCGUCAGUCCAAACGGAAACAUCGGACCAGGCAGCUGGAGUGCCAGCUGAAGAGGCUCUGGUCUCUGAAGGAACCUCCACAGCGUCAGGUUGGUCUCAGGCAGCUGCAGCAGCCUCAACAGAGGAGUCUGGUCUAGAGGGUUCAUGUCAGGAGCAGAGCAGCAGGACCAGGACCUGUAACCCCCCAGGCGGUCCACUUUCACCCAUCCAGGAGAUUGAAGCAAGAAAAGAGCUGGCUCCCAAGGCGGAGGAGGAGGGGGUGGAAACCUCGAGCAGCGAGGCGAACGGGCCAGUCGGAGCAUCCGCUCAGAUCAGCAGCAGCACCACUGACGGAGAAGGAAGCCCAAAGUCCGGUGCCACAGCUCAGGUCAAUGGUCAUCAGUCAGUUCGGUCCCUUCCAACCCUCCGUCAUGACAUUAGUCGAUAUCAGAGAGUCGAUGAGCCCCUGCCGCCCAACUGGGAGGCUCGCAUCGACAGCCACGGUCGCAUCUUUUAUGUGGAUCACGUGAACAGGACCACCACGUGGCAGAGACCCACCGCUCCCCCAGCCCCACAGACUCUGCAGAGGUCCAGCUCCAUCCAGCAGAUGGAGCAGCUGAACCGCAGGUAUCAGAGUAUACGAAGGACGAUGACCAACGACCACAGACCAGAGGAGCAGCCAGCCAAUGAGCUGCUGGGAGAUGAGACCGACACGAACCCCACCAGCCCAGAGCUCCGGCGAGACAACAGUUCUACCCAGUCCAGUUCCAGGUCUCGUAUCUCCCUGCUGCUUCAGUCGCCCAGCGCCAGGUUCCUCACCAGUCCAGACUUCUUCACUGUUCUGCACUCCAACCCUAGCGCCCAUCGUAUGUUCACCACCAACACGUGUCUCAAACACAUGAUCAGUAAGGUCCGUCGAGACACGCACCACUUCGAGCGGUACCAGCACAACCGGGACUUGGUGUCGUUCCUCAACAUGCUUGCUAACAAACAGCUGGAGCUGCCUCGAGGCUGGGAGAUGAAGCACGACCACGGCGGGAAGCCUUUCUUCGUGGAUCACAACUGCCGAGCCACCACCUUCAUCGACCCCCGGCUGCCUCUCCAGAGUUCUCGGCCCCCCAGCCUGUUGGCCCACCACCAACACCUGACCCGCCAGCGCAGCCACAGCGCCGGGGAGGUCAGCCCGCGCCGGGCGGCGAGCGAAGACCCUCGUCAUCCUGGUCCUCCAGUCCUGCCACGACCUUCCAGCACUUUCACCUCAACCAACCGGGGCCAGUACCAGGAAGUGGUUCCAGUGGCAUACAACGACAAGAUCGUGGCUUUUCUGCGACAACCGAACAUCUUUGAGAUUCUACAGGAGAGACAGUCGGACUUCAGUCGGAACCACGUGCUCAGGGAGAAGGUCCAACUGAUCCGGACCGAUGGGGUCUCAGGGCUGACCAGGUUGUCGGGAGACGCUGACCUCGUCAUACUGCUCAGUCUGUUUGAAGACGAAGUCAUGUCCUACGUGCCUCCUCACGCCUUACUCCACCCCACGUACUGCCAAUCACCUCGGGGGUCUCCGGGUUCUUCUCCUCAGAACUCACCUGGGACUCAGAGAGCUAACGCCAGAGCCCCGGCUCCCUACAAAAGAGACUUUGAGGCGAAGCUGCGUAACUUCUACAGAAAACUGGAAACUAAAGGCUACGGCCAAGGUCCGGGGAAGCUGAAACUGAACAUCCGCCGGGACCACCUCCUGGAGGACGCCUUCAACCAGAUCAUGUGCUACUCCAGGAAGGACCUUCAGCGCAGCAAGUUCUACGUCAGCUUCAUGGGAGAGGAGGGGUUGGACUACAGCGGACCCUCCAGAGAGUUUUUCUUCUUGGUUUCCAGAGAACUCUUUAACCCAUAUUACGGUCUGUUUGAAUAUUCAGCCAACGACACCUACACGGUUCAGAUCAGCCCCAUGUCAGCCUUCGUAGACAAUCAUCAUGAAUGGUUCCGGUUCAGUGGUCGUAUUCUGGGUUUGGCUCUGAUCCAUCAGUACCUGCUGGAUGCCUUCUUCACCAGACCCUUCUAUAAAGGCCUGCUGCGCAUUCCCUGUGACCUGAGUGACCUGGAGUACCUGGAUGAGGAGUUCCACCAGUCUCUGCAGUGGAUGAAGGACAAUGACAUAGAAGACAUGCUGGACCUCACCUUCACUGUCAAUGAAGAAGUUUUUGGACAGAUAACGGAACGGGAACUGAAGCCCGGUGGAGGAAACAUCCCUGUCUCUGAGAAGAACAAGAAGGAGUACAUUGAGCGGAUGGUGAAGUGGAGGAUAGAGAGAGGAGUGGUUCAGCAGACUGAGAGCCUGGUCCGGGGCUUCUAUGAGGUGGUGGAUGCUAGGCUGGUGUCAGUGUUCGAUGCUCGGGAGCUGGAGCUGGUGAUUGCCGGAACCGCUGAGAUCGACUUAUCGGACUGGAGGAACAACACAGAGUACAGAGGAGGUUACCAUGACAACCACAUUGUGAUUCGUUGGUUCUGGGCAGCAGUGGAGAGAUUCAACAAUGAGCAGAGACUGCGCCUCCUGCAGUUUGUUACCGGGACGUCCAGCAUCCCGUACGAGGGCUUCGCCUCGCUGCGUGGCAGCAAUGGACCCCGCAGAUUCUGUGUGGAGAAGUGGGGGAAGGUCACCUCCCUGCCCCGAGCUCACACCUGCUUCAACAGGCUGGAUCUGCCCCCCUACCAGUCCUUCUCCAUGCUCUACGAGAAAAUGCUGACUGCUGUGGAGGAGACCAGCACCUUUGGACUGGAGUGAAGUCUCAUCUCGUCUGCUCGCCAGUCCAACCGUCAGAGCCCUGCUGGGCUGGGACCAGUUUUAGGAAGCGGGAAGUGUAGCAUGACACCAAGAAGCAGAGACAGCUUCAAAGCCCACCUGAGUGUCAGACUGUGGAGGAAACCUGCCCGCGUCAUGCCCUCCUC